AUGAGAUUAUCCCUUAAGAAAGGGAAGUUAUCAGGAGUCUGGCUGUCUAGCAAGAAGAAGAAGAAGAAGCAGAAGGAAGAAGAAGAAGCAGAAGAAGCAGAAGAAGAAGAAGAAGAAGAAGAAGAAGAAAGAGAGAGAAAACCUGACAACUCCCCCACACCCCCACACCCACCUACCCACCCACCCACCCACCCAUACACCCACACUCCCGCAACUUCUCAACUCCCCGGAAAACAGGCUGUCAGGUCCCCCAAACUCAGCAACUCAGGAAUUGCCCUCCUGUCAGUAGCUGGAAAGGUCUUGGCAAGAAUUCUUACAACAAGACUAACACCUCUAGCUGAGAAGAUCCUACCCGAGUCUCAGUGUGGUUUCAGACCUGCUCGUGGUACAACUGACAUGGUUUUCUCGGCAAGGCAGUUGCAAGAAAAAUGUCGAGAACAACCAAAACCCCUUACCAUGGGAUUCAUUGACCUGACUAAAGCUUUUGACAGUAUGAAUUGUCUCCAGAUAUCUCCAUCAAUUACAGAACAGACGGAGGAAUAUUCAAUCUCAGCCGGCUUAAGGCAACAACUAAAGUCAAUGUUACUGCUGUUGUUGAGCUUCAGUAUGCAGACGACAACGCUGUCUGUGCUCAAACUGAAAAUGCAAACUAUACUGAACGCAUUUGCAAAUGCUUACUCUCGUCUUGGACUUCCCAUCAACAUCAGAAACCCCCAAGUAUUAUAUAAGCCACCCCAAACUGAAGCCAUAAGAGUUGCACCUACUAUACGAAUUAAUGGAGUAGCUCUAGAAACUGUAGACCACUUCCCAUACCUGGGCAGUCAUCUAUCUUUAAAUGCCAAUAUAGAUGAUGAAGUUCAAUAUCGUCUAAGAUGUGCUAACUCAGCUUUUGGAAAACUACGCAGGAAAAUUUUUGAUGAUCAUGACUUGCGUGUUAACACCAAAAUAAAGGUAUAUCAGGCAAUAGUCCUACCUACCCUUCUUUAUGCUUCCGAAACCUGGACAACUUACCGCCGCCAUGUUAAAGCCCUUGAUAAAUUCCAUCAGCGGUCCUUACGAAACAUCUCGAGAAUAACUUGGGACGACCGCCGUACUAAUGUAAGUGUUCUUGAAGAGGCCGACUGCCUCAGUAUUGAGGCCAUUAUAAUAAAAAGCCAGUUCAGAUGGCAGACAGCCGCCUUCCUAAGCAGCUCUUUUACUCAGAGCUAA